GCAACGAGGCAAAGCAUUAACAUUAUCUUUACUGUGCGACAUCAAGUAAAGCUGAGAGGUUCAGCCAGGCCAGGGUCGGGUGUAAAACGAGAUCAGUACAGCAGGUGACUUGCAUGGAGCCUGGUCCCUUGACUGUUGCAGGAUCUACCAUUGCCAGGAAGUAAUGCUUAACCUGAUACUGUAAUAACAAGUAACUAUUAAAGCGAGAUGGCAAACCAGCAAGGUCUUCCUCAGGAUCUAUACAUGAGUAACAUGUUAAAAGCUAUAAAAAUCCGAGAUAAAACUCCACAAGAUAUCGUCAAGCCAAGCAAUGGAAUCAUUCAUCAUUUUAAAACCAUGCACCGAUACACUAUUGAAAUGUUUAUGAUUUGCCAAUUUUGCUCUCAAUUUCGGGAAAUACUACAGAACUGCCUUGUAGACAGAGCUAUGCAGAUCGCACUGGAGUCUCAAAAAAAACUCAAUGCCUGCAAGGAAGUUAAAAGGCUUGUCCCUCUAAAGACAAAUGGUGAUGGGAACUGUCUAAUGCAUGCCACUUCUAUGUAUAUGUGGGGUGUUCAGGACAUGGACCUUCUGCUGAGAAAAACCUUGUAUGAUGUCCUGAGGACUACAGAUACUCGAAACUUCAAGUAUCGUUGGCAAUUAGAAUGCAUAAAGUCCAUAGAGUUUGUACAAACAGGACUGCGUUACAAUACGAAGAAUUGGGAUGAAGAAUGGGAACAUCUUGUCCAAAUGGCAUCAGCUGAAACAUCUGAGGGCCGAGGUGGGCUCCAAUAUAACUGCCUUGAGGAAAUACACAUAUUUGUCCUAGUUAACAUCCUCCGGAGGCCUAUUAUCGUUCUUGCAGAUAAGGUUAUGAGAACCUUGGACUCUGGCUCCAGUUUUUCCCCUCUAAGUGUGGGUGGGAUUUAUUUACCUCUUCAUUGGCCUGUACAGGAAUGCUAUAAGCACCCCAUCAUUCUUGGAUAUGACUGCCAACACUUUGCACCUCUUGUAACUAUGAAAGACAGUGGACCUGAGAUACGAGCUGUCCCCUUGGUCUUUUAUGAAGGACGGAAAUUUGCAGACAUGAACGUGCAUUUUUUGACAGAGCGUGAGGAGAAACUGAAAGAGAAGCUGCUUAAAGAGUAUUUAUUGAUGUUGGAAAUUCCCGUACAAUGCUCGGAGCUUGGAACGAAUCAUUUAAUAAAUGCUGCCUGGUUGGAUGAAGGCAAUUUACCUAAUGAUAUAAAUUUAGUGGAAGAUUACUUAAAGCUGGCACAACACGAGUACAAGAGGUGGCAGGAGACUUCAGGGCAAAACAGCAACGGAACUGGUGCCAAGAGCAAAUUUGAGAUUUCUUUAAAUCAUCUGUCAAUUUUAGAAGUGAAAUGUAAGACUCCAAAUUGUCCUUUUUACAUGUCUGUGAGCACCAAACCCUACUGCCACGAGUGUUCCGAAAACAAGACAAGUGGUAAAUCUAACAAAGAAAAGACUGAAUCUGUUACAGCUGGAGAAGAAUAUUAUAAUCUCUCAAGACAAAUGGCAGGAGAUACAGAUGUGCGGCCACUUUCUGCUUUUGCAACUGCUCCUAGCCUUUUUCUCUUUAGUGAAACUAAUGCAAUGAAAUGUAAAACUCCUGACUGUCCUUUUACAUUAAAUGUGGGGCUCAAUGGAUUAUGUGAUCGCUGUCAUAAUUCCAAACAAAACCCCCAUCUCAACUGUAUUGAAAGGACAAGAAAUAGCAACAUUAUAAAUUGUAAUGUCUGUUUAAAGAAUACUACACGAACUUUUAAUGGUAUCUGCAGCUCUUGCUUUAAAAGGACUACAGAACAUUCUACCAGCUCAAGCUUCCCACCAGCUGGCCAUCAGAGGUCAAUCUCUGAACCUGCUAGUUUAUCAACCAGCAACCCAGAACUCCGAGAGCCACCUGCAGUUAUACAGUCAAUAGUGCCUUUUACUGUAGAAGAAAGAACAGUUAAUCAAAAGUGUAAAAAAUCUGGUUGUCCAUUUUUUGGAACGCUUCAGAAUGAAGGAUUCUGCACGAUAUGUUUCUUUGAAUUUCAAGCCAAUAAUGGAGUUCAUUCAAGACGAUCCCCUAAACCUCCCUCAGUCUCUGGUCAAAAUAAUGUCAGUGCUGCUGCUUUCAAAAACAUGUCUCAUUGCUUAGGACAAGAGUGCAGCACACUUGGGAGUACACUGUUUGAGGGUUACUGCCAGAAGUGUUUCAUUGAGGCGCAGAAUCAGCGUUAUCAAGAGGCCAGGCAUGCUGAUGACCGUAUGCUAAGGCAAACAGAGAGGAUGGGACAAACUAGGAUUUCAAAGCAUACAAACUCCCAGAUGAAAAUUUGUGCCCGAAGUCUCUGCAGCAAUGCAGUAGUCUGCCGAAGUGAAGAUGUCUGUGAACAGUGUAAGCAUAGAAAUGGUCACAAACAGCCAUCAGGAGAAGACAUUACAAAACAGCGAUGCCACGCUCCAGGCUGUGACCACUAUGGAAACAACAAGUGCAGUGGCUAUUGCAAUGAGUGCUACAAGUUUAAACAAUUAUACGGCUAGUGCAAACAAAAGGACUUUGUGUACUAUAUAUUUCUAGAAUUGGUGCUAUCUUCAAAACACUUUUAGGAUUUUCCCUGCUAUAAUAUAUGACAAUGUCUAUUAACGGUUAUUUGUUAAUUUUGAUUGCUUUUAAAUGUAUCUAUACAGUGUUUUGUGUAAUUAAUGUGGUUAUAUAAGU